GAAACAGAGAGGAGAAGCUGCCCAAGUGGAAGCUCCAUUAUUGUUUCUUCUGUAACCAGCAAAGCUUCCCCAGCAAAGCUUGCUCUACUUGAGCGAUGGCCAAGGAGCGACGAGAGGGGGAGGUCUGCCUCCCUUCCGACUUCCUUUGCGACGAUCAUUUCCUCGAGGAGAAGAGAAGGCGAGACGAUUGCUUCUGGAGGAGUUCGCCAUGAAUCUCGACUGGCCGGCGGAGGACGAAUGCCCCUGCAUGACCGGGCUAGCUUGGCAGAUGCCUGGCUCCUUCCUCGGCGACACUAAAUAUUGUGACGGGAGGUAUGGAUUCACGACCGGUUCCCAUGGAACCGCUCUCCGCGGUCGGUUCAUCUCGGAGAAGAAGGAAAGCCUCGACGCUCCUUCGUUAGUUGCCCUGCCGCCUGCGCUGUCUUUCUCAGAUCAUUGCGAGACCGCCAAUAGCGGCCACUGCACGUCCCCCGUCCCCAUCCACUUGCAGCGGUUUCAGGCAACUCAGCUGAAGCAGCAGCAGCAGCUGAUGAGACAACGGUUGUUCGCAGCGUGGGCAAGGCAGAGUGAAGCAAAAGGAGCCGUGCAUUCCCACAACCGUGGCCGCCCCACGGGACUGUCUUCUUCCGCACGCCGUCCUCUCCAAAUGCAGCAGCAGCAACCGCAGCCUGGAUCUGGGAUGAGAGCUGUCUUCCUCAGCAGCCCCAGCGCGAGGAGAGAAUCCGCCGGAACCGGCGUCUUCCUGCCACGCGUCGGCGGCGACAAGUCCGAGCCGCCAAAGAAACCAGAUUUUGGACGGAUGUAAAUGACUCGUAUCGCUCAGCUCUCACAGCUCCUCUUUGCUAUGGGUGGUUGCAGCAGCUUACUCCACUGUGCUUGUGCCGGAAAGAGUGGUCCAGGCGCUGAAUCUAAAUCUGGAGGAGAUGGGAGGGAAGCCAUACUCGGUCCUCGACCAUGGCAAGUCGCUCUCUGUUCAUUCCACACUCACUCUCAAAAGAUUGCACCAGUUGACCAAAUCCUAUUCUCCUCCUAAACGCACGUCUUGUGCUUCGACAGAUGCUCUCAUAAGCCGACGAGACGCAGUGCUUUCACAUCAGAAAAGGAACCACCGGCUUCCCCACCCAACUCCUCCUGCGAUCCGUGAGAUCAGACUCCCCCAUGACUGGACCUACUGAUACAUGCCCUAUACAUCACAACAGCAGCUGCAAUAAGGUUGGCAGCUCUAUUGAUCCUUAUUGUGUUGGCAGCCCAAUUGGUUGCACCCUCUAUAGCAGUGGACAAAUUUGUAUUACCAUCAUGUCUUGAAUUGUAUGUGAGAUACAUACAUACAAACAAAUGUUGCAGAAUCCAUGUUCAGAAGAAGAACUUGUGUGUAGUGCUUGUCAAAAGCAUAUUACUAUGGGGGCUCUUUAUCUGA